UAUUUAUUAGGAGCAGUCUCCCCCUACUGUCAGUGCUUUACGGUCUAACCGACCGAGUGUGUCCGUGAACUCGCCGCUGUUUCAAUGCGUUAUUAUCGACAUUUCGUUUUUCACAGCCUCCGCUUUUCUUCGGGGUAAUUAUCGCUGUCCUGGCAGAGCAAGGAAGGAAGGAAAGAAAGAAGGCACCAAGUCGUCGCCUCGGGUUUUCUUCGAAGGAAUAGGCGGAUCUGAGCGUACACAGAGCAUACCCUGCCAUCCUUGUCUGAUGAAAGAGUCACGACGUCUGCUUCAGAUACACAGACCAUAUUCGCAUACAAAGAUGCAGCCCACUGUGGUUCCUCUCUUCUCCUCGAUCUUCCUCCUGUCUUUCAUCAUCCCAGUCUGCUUCUCCCAGAACGAUGGAGACCUGGUUGUUCAGACACGUACCGGUCGAGUUCGAGGCAUCCGCCAGCUGGUGCCGGAUCAAAGCUACAUAACUGCUUUUCUGGGCAUCCCCUUUGCUGAGCCCCCAUUGGGGAACCGCCGCUUCCGUCCUGCGGAACCCAAACGUCCGUGGACUGGAGUGCUCGAAGCCAAGGAAUACCCCAACGCGUGCUAUCAGUAUGUGGACACAGCAUUCCCAGGCUUCCAGGGCAGUGAGAUGUGGAAUCCUAACAGAGAGAUGAAUGAGGACUGCCUCUACCUCAAUGUCUGGGUGCCCUCCUCACCCAGACCUCACAACCUCACUGUCAUGGUGUGGAUCUAUGGUGGAGGGUUCUACAGUGGAUCUUCUUCUCUGGAUGUGUAUGAUGGUCGUUACCUAGCUCACAGCGAGACAGUCAUUGUGGUUUCGAUGAACUACCGGAUCGGUGCUUUCGGCUUCCUGGCUCUGCACGGCUCCUCCGAGGCUCCUGGGAAUGUCGGCCUCCUUGACCAGAGGAUGGCGCUGCAGUGGGUACAAGACAACAUCCAUUUCUUUGGUGGAAACCCUAAACAGGUGACGAUCUUUGGCGAGAGUGCUGGUGGAGCUUCAGUAGGAUUCCACCUGUUGUCUCCAGACAGCCGGCCCACUUUCACUAGAGCCAUCCUCCAGAGUGGGGUCCCCAACUCCCCCUGGGCCUCAGUGAGUCCCGCUGAAGCCCGCAGACGUGCCACACAGCUAGCAAAGUUCGUCGGUUGCAACGGAGGCAAUGACACUGAGAUAAUAGACUGUCUGCGCAGUAAAAGUCCACAGCAGCUUAUUGAUCAUGAGUGGCAGGUCCUGCCAUGGUCUGCUCUGUUCCGAUUUUCAUUUGUGCCUGUUGUGGAUGGUGAGUUUCUGCCUGACACUCCUGAGGCCAUGCUCAACUCAGGGAACUUUAAAGACACACAGAUUCUCCUCGGGGUUAAUCAGAAUGAAGGCUCCUACUUCCUGCUGUAUGGAGCACCAGGCUUCAGCAAGGACAACGACAGUCUGAUCUCCAGAGAGGACUUCCUGGAAAGUGUUAGGUUGAGCGUACCUCAUGCUAAUGAUAUCGGCCUGGAAGCAGUGGUGCUGCAGUACACCGACUGGAUGGAUGAGAAUAAUGAGAUAAAAAACCGUGAUGCCAUGGAUGACAUUGUCGGUGACCACAACGUCAUCUGCCCGCUGGCCCACUUCGCUCGCUCCUAUGCACAACACAAUGCCCUCAAGGCUAACGUGGGUGGGAUGAACUUUGGUGGGGUGAACAGUGGAAACUCACAAGGAGGGGUCUAUCUUUACCUUUUCGAUCACCGGGCAUCCAAUCUGGCCUGGCCAGAAUGGAUGGGUGUGAUCCAUGGCUAUGAGAUUGAAUUUGUUUUCGGCCUGCCGCUGGUGAAGAGACUCAACUACACCCGAGAUGAGGAGAAGCUAAGCCGACGCAUGAUGAAAUAUUGGGCCAACUUUGCUCGGACUGGAAAUCCCAAUGACGUGCAGGGAGAUAGAGGGAAACGCUGGCCUGUGUUUACCGUCAGCGAGCAAAAACAUGUUGGCCUCAACACCGAAUCACUCAAGAUUCACAAAGGUUUGCGGAACCAGAUGUGCGCAUUCUGGAAUCGCUUCCUGCCACGCCUUCUCAAUAUUACUGACAACAUAGAUGAGGCAGAGCGUCAGUGGAAGGUGGAGUUUCACCGCUGGUCUUCCUACAUGAUGCACUGGAAGAGUCAGUUUGACCACUACAGCAAGCAGGAGCGCUGCACUGACCUCUGAGCGACUCGGCGAGGAGACGACGGAGAGAAGAGCGGCGAGCGAGCCGUGGCUGUUUUCCUCCAUAGUCCCUGAGUCAAGGCUGACAUCUUUUUGUUGUUCUUUUGGUUCACAGCAUACACAAGCAGAGGCACUGUUGUCAUUUAUUUAUAUUAUUUAUAAUAUUUAUUGUUUUGUUUUUUUAUUUGUGUAUGUGUGUCUGUGGAACUUAAGGGCUGUGGAGUAAAACUUGUCAUUGGAGGAGUAAAGAUGCGUCAUUACCUCGAAUGUAUGUGCGUAACUAUGUGUGCGUCUCAGAAACCCCCCAGUUUGACUCAGAUAACUUAACUGACCCGUCACACUGCUCCACUCUGGAUUUACUGUAACCUCACUCGUCUUUGUGGUCAUCUCCUCACUUUUUUGCUUUCUGAGGAUUUCUUCUUUCCAACAUAUCAGUUGUACUUUUGGUCUCAUCACUGUUUUGUUUCUCUUUUAUUUAUUCAGUUAUUUUUUUAUUAAUACUGUUACAACCACUACUCCCAUUACCUGUACUGGUCUUGCUUUGUUUGUGUGUAUCUCCUGUGGUAAGCCAUAUACUAUUUUGCAUUUAUCUAACUGUUGCUGUGUGUGAAAAUAUCAGAUUCCUCACAUUUUACUCAAUGUUAAAACUGCUGUAUUCUAGUUUGAUGUGAGAUGUAGAUAGUAUAUUACAUUCAGACCAACUGACUGGUGCCUAACUCGCAUUAUAUUACAAGUUCACUCAGUUUCACAGUUGAAUGGAAACAGAAAUGAGUCCCUUUGAUGUUUAUGGGUCCUCUUGAGCGUCGCCUGUCUGUGAAGGAGCGUCGGUGCUCAGUUCUUCUAAAUGUUCAGCUGUCCUGUGAGGGUCGAUGCUUCUGCACUGAAUUGUGCAUGUGUGCGUGGCAUCCACCCAGUGUUUGUCGCAGGUGUGCCAUUCUCAUGUGUGAGACAGUAAGCUCGAUCUUUUAUGUCUUUUCCUCCUUCCAUCUUAGCAUUUCCCCCUCCUUUUUUCUAUCCCUCAUUCUGUUUGUCUUACACCACAACAACCCUUCAUCCAGUCCCUCCCUCUGCUUUCUGCCUCUCCAUCUUCCUUCCCUUUUAUUGUCCUCUCCACUCUAGUUGUCAUCCUCAUCUCUAAUAAACCUCCACCCACCCUCAUUUCUUUCCUACUCUCUUCCUUUAUCCAUUAUUCCUGCCUCUCCCUUAGGCCUCUGUUUUCCACUUUUCCAUUCCUUGUUUGUUUCCUUUCGCUCCCUCCUCCUUUUAUUUUUUCCUUAUUCAUCAUCUGCCCUAUCUGUCCCUCCUUCCUUGUCGGCUCUGUUACAUCACUCUUUCCCAUCCUCCCGUGCGUUCUGUCCCUGCUCCCUCUCCCAUCCCCCUUCCUUGGUGCUCCUGCUUUGUUGUUAGUCUAAUGGAGGUAGAGUAAUUCACUCAGCUGCAGGAUAAUGUGACAGAGUACUGGCUCAGCCUCUGGCCUGCUGGCCGACAGUGCCUGGUGAACGGAGAGGUGGAGAAGUGAUGGGAAAAUGACAAGACAGAGAAAUGCACUCCUAUGUAACAAAAGUAAUACAGAUAUGCACUGAUUUGAAAACUCAUAGUGUCCGACUCAGAUGUGCAUUUUGUUACAUCCAGGGCCAUAAAAAGACAUUUGCAUGUUCAAUCCUGUGAUUUGGUUGCAAACGCUCAUUUGUAGCAGCAUUCACCUGCAUUUGAAAACAAAUCAAGAAAAAGACUUUUAACCUUUAACUUGAUGCUCACAAUUUUCCUGUUUCUGGGUGCUUAUGUGAGCCGCCUCUUACUCUUACUUAAUGACACUCCAGGACAAUAAUCUUACAUUUGCAUAUCUUAUGCACAAAGAAGUUGGAGCCUGCAUUGUUCCCUGUGUUGUAAGCAUGUUAUACUGAAGAAUCAAGACAGUUUACUCAGAUUACAACCUUGUUUGCAUAGGAUCCAGAUAUCAUUUUUCCCCUUAUCUUUGUUAAGAUUUGUUCCCUCAUAAGUUAUCAUUAUGUCUGCAGAGGAUUAGUGUAGCAGUUAAUGAUUCACUUUACAUCCAGUUGUCUUGUUUAUACAAGACCUGUGAUACGAGCUUGUUCACCUGGCAGGUUGUUAUUCAUCCAUAUUUUCUGCACACUAAAUAACUUGUGAAUAUCUAUUAAAGGAUAAGUAAUAUUUGCAUUCAAAUCUAAUCUAUUAUAUUCUACAUUAAAAAGUAUAAUCGUACAAGACUUUGGGGCAACUGUACCUGAGGUAUGAGUCAUUUGUCUGUGUCUACCACCCAUAUCACUGUGUGUGUGUGUGUGUGUGUGUGUGUUAUCACUGUACUUCUGUCAGCCUUUCUUACAUUUCCAUUUGAGUAUUGUGAGGGAACUGAAGCGACGCUCUGAUUAGCUGUUGGCUGCCCCAGCACAGUGUCCCCGUUGGCAUGUAAAGCUCCUAUUUGUGGCUCAGAGUCGUGUAGUCUAGCUUUAAAAAGAACUAAAUAUGACAAAAAAAGUAUUGUACAUGUGUAAAAUACCAGUAAAGAGUGCAUGUUUGAAAGGCCAUGUGACUGACACCUCCUCCCUCCAGCUCCUCUCAGACAGAGAGAUCCUGCUUAAGCCACACCUCAACUGCUUGCACUUCUAUCGAGUCCUUGUGCAUGUCCAGAAGCCCAUCAUCUGCAGUAUAUCCUACCAAACUUGGACUGUUAUAUUCUGUGAAAUUUGUACUUUCAAUAAGCCUAUUAUCCAGUAUCUCAUGUAAGGUACGUUUGAUGUUAGCAAUAACAGAAAUGCAUCAGUAAAGGAAUAUAUUUGAUAUUUAACGCAGUGAAAAUAAAAUGUGAUAAAACAGCAACGAUGAGGGACAGAGUCGUUUUAAAAGCAAUAUUUAUUCAAAGUAUGAACUUAAUAUGAGUGCCGAUGACUAUUUUCUUGUAUAAACUGUUUGUUUUCAGUCCUCUGCCUCAUCGUUGUUUGUUUCAGUCACUAGUACUGUAAGUGUUGAAGGCUUCUGUAGCUUCCCAGUAUGUCUCUGUGUAUGACAAAUGCUGACUUUAUUAAGCUAUAGCAACAGAAAUAAAGGGAGCCUGCUGUCGA